UGUUUAUCACACCAUAAAACAAUGUGUGAGCUAAUGGACAUUAUGUAUGUUUCGUUAGACGGCAAUUGAGUCACUUGCUUCAAACGACGAUGACAAUUCCGCCACCCCCCUUUCCUCGCUGCGUAUCUGGAAAGUUCUCGGCUUUUCCUCCAGAUGCUAGAACUAAGCAAAUAACACAGCAACGUGGACCCCUUGACUUAUUAGCCAAGCAGCUCAAUAGCAAACAUUCAGUUUGGAGACUGGUGCACAACGGUCGAUAUCCGGCAUAAUUUGGCGCUAAAUGUGCGAAAUAUAGCUAACAAGACAAACGGAUUCUUGAUCUAGCUGAUUUGUGGCGCAGCUCUCCUUUCCGAACCAUAGUUAUCGAGCUAGCUUGCGCCCUGCUAGCCAGCCGUAUUGUUAGCUAGCUAACGUCAGCAGACAUUGUUUCAGGCCAGGGGCUCCAGGGCUAUGACUGCUGAAGAGGUGACCAACGAAGAACAGAACAACAUCCCGAUGGAGGGAGAGGAUAUCACGCAGAAGAAAGAUGGAGGGGUUUUAAAGUUGGUGAAGCAGGAAGGCACAGGGACAGAGCUGCCUAUGACUGGGGACAAGGUGUUUGUUCACUAUGUUGGCACCCUGCUGGAUGGAACCCCGUUUGACUCCAGUCGUGAACGAGGAGAGAAGUUUUCCUUUGAGCUGGGCAAAGGCCAGGUCAUCAAGGCGUGGGACCUGGGAGUGGCUACUAUGAAAGUAGGAGAGAUCAGCCAGCUGAUCUGUAAACCAGAGUAUGCCUACGGCACUGCUGGCAGCCCCCCGAAGAUACCCCCCAACGCUACACUUGUCUUCCAGGUGGAGUUGUUUGAGUUUCGGGGGGAGGACAUCACUGAGGGAGAGGAUGGAGGAAUCAUCCGUCGCAUCAUCACUAAGGGAGAGGGAUACACCAAGCCUAAUGAAGGAGCUGCCGUAGAAGUGUGUUUGGAGGGCAGCUGUGAGGGCAAGGUGUUUGACAAGAGGGAGCUGAAGUUUGAGUUGGGAGAUGGAGAAAGCCUGGGUCUGCCAAGCGGAGUGGAAAAAGCCCUGAUGGCUAUGGAGCAGGGAGAGGAGUCCCUCUUCAUCAUCAAACCCAAGUAUGGCUAUGGAAACACAGGCAACAGCAAGUACAAUAUUCCUGGUGAAGCCACUCUGCAGUACAAACUCAAACUGACCACCUUCGAGAAGGCCAAGGAAUCCUGGGAAAUGAACUCCGCAGAGAAACUGGAGCAGAGCAUCAUUGUCAAGGAGAAGGGAACACAGUACUUCAAGGAAGGAAAGUAUCGCCAAGCGUCUGUCCAGUAUAAGAGGAUUGUGUCCUGGCUGGAGAAUGAAUCAAGUUUACCCGAGGGGGAGGAGCAGAAGGCUCAAGCCCUGCGGUUGGCUGCUCACCUCAACCUGGCCAUGUGCUUCCUCAAGCUACAGGAACCAAGCUCUACUUUUGACAACUGUGACAAGGCCCUGGAGCUGGACGACACUAAUGAAAAGGCUCUAUUCCGGAGGGGGGAGGCGCUGUUUGCCAUGAAGGAGUUUGAUAGGGCGAGAGCAGACUUCCAGCGUGUCAUACAACUGUAUCCUAGCAACAAGGCCGCCAAAAGCCAGGUGGCUCUGUGCCAGAAACAGAUUAAGGAGCAGCAUGAGAAGGACAAGAGGCUCUAUGCCAACAUGUUCCAGAAGUUUGCUGAGAGAGACGCUAAGGAGGAGGCUGACAAGGGGAUGGAGAACGGAGGAGGGAUGGAGGUGGAGGAGAGUGGAGGACAGGAGUAAUGACUGCUGGAGACAGAUGUGGUAGUCUGUCUGUCAUGAAGACUUUUAACUUCAGACAUUUGUGUUUCUAAAGAGAGAAAGUGUUAGUGUGUUUGAGAGAAGUGCAUGUGUGUCCAUGGCUCGACUGUAUCUCCUGUGUGUCUGUGUGCUAUCAUCAUGGCAGCUAGCUGGCUGGGUGGGCCUUCUGUAGCUGACUGCACUCCAGAGGUGUGGCUAAAAGGAUUCCCCCUCCCUCUGGUUAGCAUGUAGCAGGCUGCCCCCUCCCUGCACGCCCCUACUCAGACUUCUUUGCUUAAUGGAGUUGGAAGCUCAGUACUAGAUGUGUGUAAUCACCCCCCCACCCCCCCUUCCAAGGCCAACUAAUCAAUUCCUGGGGUCUGCUCCCUGUGUGUGUGCGACUGUGUCUGCUGACCGUAGCAGCACCCUCUCUAGCAGAAGUCAUGCUCACUAAACAAUUGCUCUCUGCUUCUCAAACACUGUAUGUUCUUACCUUGGGUUUAUGAUUUCUCUCUUUAACUGUUCUUAAUGGGAUGAUUUACUUCACGACUGGAAAGUGUGUGUGUGUGUGUGUAGUAGCUGAUAUGAACUAGCAGCUUCUCCUGGUCGAACUCAGCCAGUAUAAAGCUCAGUCAGAUUACAUAUAUAGUCUUAUUAUAGUCUAUGGCUGCAUCCCAAAUCACACUCAAUACCCUGUAGAUGACAUAUGUCCAACUUUUUGACCAGUGCCCUGUGUCUAACCUGAGGAGGCUGCUAUAAAGUAGUGCCCUAUAUAGAUAAUGGGUGUCAUUUGAGAUGCAGACUUACAGCAUCCAGCUCCAGCGGACCUGGCUCUAGAAUAAUACCUGAUUCGGCUAAUCACAGUCCUGUAUAGCAGUUGGUUUGUAGAAUCAAGUGUGUUGGAACAGGACGGAGCAGCUAGGGAGUGAGAAUGGUCAGUGGGUGGGGUUUGGGGUGUCAAAUUCUUGUGUUGAUGGGGGGGGUCUUUCUGAUUGGAGCAUUACGGUUGGUUCUCUGUAGGAUCUAAUAAACAGAAAUGACUCAAACUCUU